AUGAAAUCCUUGUGGGAUGAAUUUAAUGAAUUGGGAACGGAAAUGAUCGUUACGAAAGCAGGGAGACGAAUGUUUCCAGCAUUUCAAGUACGAGUAACAGGAAUGGAUCCCCAUGCUGAUUACAUGGUCAUGAUGGAUUUUGUGGCAUCAGAUGAUAAACGAUAUCGCUAUUCCUUCCAUAGCUCUAGUUGGGUGGUGGCUGGGAAAGCAGAUACUCAGAUGCCGGGAAGAAUCCACAUGCAUCCAGAUUCUCCUGCUAAAGGAUCACAGUGGAUGAAGCAGAUUAUAUCAUUCGAUAAAUUAAAAUUAACUAAUAAUUUAUUGGACGACAAUGGACAUAUUAUUUUGAAUUCCAUGCACUCGUAUCAGCCUCGUUUCCAUGUUGUAUAUAAUCCUCCAAAAUCAGAAGACGUGUCAGAGAUGGAAGUCUUUAAGCAUUUUAUUUUUCCUGAAACCAAAUUUACUGCAGUCACAGCUUAUCAAAAUCAUAGGAUAACACAGUUAAAGAUAGCCAGUAAUCCAUUUGCUAAAGGUUUCAGAGAUUGUGAUCCCAAUGAUUGGUAA